AAACGGUAUAUUCUGAACAUUUUCGAUAAUUUGGCGUACCAUUUGUGGUCACACAACGUAUUAAUAUCGUUGACCCACUCACAUGACGGUAAAGAAAAUAGGGUGUUUUGGGGAAAAAUAAUGAUAAGCCAGGUUGGACGAGAGUUGUACAAAGUGCCGCAUCGCAUUUUAGACCAUCGCGUAUUUGUUAACGGCGAAAUCGAAGCAUUUCUCGACAAUUUCGAAGUGCAACGCAACGAUAGCGAAGUAGAGACGCUUUUUCAGGUCACCGAAACUGUGGGCUCCCUUAAAUACGAUUUAUCCGACCGUUGCAUUGCAUUGGGUAAUCAAAAUCUCAGCCAGCUCUCCACAGAAGUCAACACAUUGCUGGCCAGUGUCGAAUCUUUGCUAGAAAAGGCCAAAGUUGAACGUGUCCCUAGCACAAGGCUACAAGAAGCUCGACGUGCUCGUGAGCAACGCAAAGCGGAAUUUCUGAAUAAUUUACAGCACGGCUAUCAACGCAUUGACAACUCGUUCGAAGAGAAGGAGGAAGAAAUCGCCGAACUCUAUUCGGAUCUGCAGCUGAAGCUCAACAUUACCAAAUAA